GUAUUCUUAGCAACGCCGACCCUAAAUUUGAGACAGCGCACGACAAAGAUAUCAGAGCGUGCCGUGAUACAAGUUUCAUGAUGGCAUGCAAAAAGACCGUGAUAGUGGCUGGUGGGUAGAUGAAGAGAUCAUACCGUGCCCACGGAGCGCAGGUUUACGAAUAUCUACCACCUGAAUCCUACUUUGCUGAAGGUAUUUGCCCAAUGAACUGGCAAGGCAGACAGGCAGACAGAAAGAAAGCCUACCUACCUCCUACCAAGUGCAUUAAGCUUAUGCACCUAAUGCACCUAAUGCACCCGUAUGCAUACGAGUCACGUGGGUAUAUACCCAAAAAUAGCAGAGUUACCACGGUACAUGCACAACAAAAUCUCCCGGCCCAUCUAAAACAGCCGUGCGCUCGUGGCACCAGCCUCCGCCAGCGCGCUCUCAAAAUAGAAUUCGGCAUAAUAGGUAUUGGACACCGGAGGAGGCUUCAUCAACCAUUCCGUCUCUUGUUUUUCCCCAUUAACUUUUGCCACAUCCCGUUUCUAACAGCUUCAAUAACGCUCAAGACGGGGAAACCCGCUACUAUUUUAUUUCCCUUUUAUCAUUUGACUAGUUAUUUAUAUUUCCCACCAGUUAUAAACGUCGAUACUAUUUAUUACUAACUAUUACGCAUCGUCACCGGGCCAAUGUUUAUUAUUUAUCACUUACACCAGGCUUACAUGAUCACAUCGACUUAGGGGCCAAUUACGAAAGACGAGAGAUGAGACAGGCAAGUUGUGUUACACGC